CCGGCCGCCCGUGCGCAGCGCCAGCGAGCCGCCGUGCAGCGCGAGCCACCCGCGUCCGCGAGCAAUGCAACUUGUUGCUGCGAGCCGCUCGCGCGAGUUGCUCGCGCGCGGCCGCUGACUCGGCCGGACGCCCGGUGGGCAGCCCCGCGCGGAUCCACGCCGGCCGUCAUGCGCCUCCUGCGAGGCGCGACGAGCCGCCGCCUGCGCCCGGCCCUGCUCGCUCUUCUGGUCCUCGCGCUCACGGGUGGGAGCUGCUUGAGGAACGUCAGGCUGCAGCUGAUACCGGAGAAGGUGGAGCGCGGUCAGGAAGUGAGGCUGCUGUGCCACUACGAGCUCGAGGAGGCCCCCCUCUACUCGCUCAAGUGGUAUCGCGGUACCCACGAGUUUUACAGGUACUCGCCGAGCGAGACUCCGCCCACGAAAAUCUUCAGCUUCAGCUGGAUCACCGUAGACCCGCUCAACUCGAACGAGAGCCAGGUGACCAUACGAGACGUGGACUUUCCCCUGAGUGGUAACUUCAGCUGCGAGGUGACGACCGACGCGCCCAACUUCAGCACUGCCAGCAGCUCCGGAGUGCUCAGCGUCGUCUCUGUACCCAAGGCCAAGCCCGUGAUCGUGUCGGAGCGCGGACGCUACGAGCCCGGGGAUACUCUCCGAGCUAACUGCAGCGCACCAGCCUCUCAGCCCCCGGCGCGGCUGUCUUUCACGCUCAACGACCGGCAGGUGGGCGAAACGAAACGGCAGACCGACGGCGUCGGGCCGGCGACGGAGCCGAACGAGCAGCGGACGGAGCUAAAGCUUCAUCUGCAGCCGUUCCACUACAUCAACGGCCAGCUGAAUCUGCGCUGCACCGCCAAGAUCGAGGGCAUCUACGAGCAGUCGAGCGAGCUGCAGCUCAGCGGAAAUUUGCGCGAGCCGGUGCCAGAGAGAGUGAGAUCCGAGAACGCCAGCAAGCAGUGCCACCGGAGAGCCAAUUUGAUGGUUGCCCUACUCAUUGCUAUGCAGCUGCAUUUCAGAUAGCGUGACGGUCGAACGAAAACCAGCUAUGAGCUGCGGGGCUCACAGUCACUGGCCUAAGGCAAUUGCCAGCUCACAAGGACAACUCAGUUCACCGUACAACUUGCAUUCGUAUUCAAAUUAAUAGCCAUAAUGAUAACCCGGCUUUAGCUGUCACGCUUGUAGCGUUAUCCGCGUCGAUGCGACGCUAUACGCUCUCGCCAACAGAAACAUCCAUUCUGAGUCAACUAUGUCCUUUUUUAAUUGUCAACGAUUACAAUUUGUCGCAAAAUACUAUGUAUAGUUUGUACGAACAUUUUCAUUUUUUUUAAUGUAACAAUUAGUUUGAGAGCUUGACACGAACGACUCCAGGGUGACAGCUAACAGAUAAUAAUAGAAAUAAUAACAACAACAACAAAAACAACAAUAAUAAUAAUAAUAGUAAUAAUCAUUGCUAACAAUAAUCAUAACAAUCGCGUAAAUAGAAUGCGGCACACAUACACGCGCGUCGACAAAAGCCCUCACUAAUGUAUAGUUAUUAGUAUGAAUAGGCAUAGAUACAUGUAGGCUUUUAUCGUACUGAAUUUCAUCCUCAUCGUGAAAAUUCAUUGAUCUAAAAUAAACCCCAUAAUAAUAUCAAUUAUAAUGAGAAUUCAAAUACAACUACUUCGAUUGGUUUAAUUAUAAAACCCUAAAUAAAAUGAAAGAGUGAGAGAGAGAGAGAGAAGUUCUAUGCUUACAGUCGAUAUCUGUAAUCGUGCAGCUAGUUAUGCGUCGAACAGUGGACUGUAAUGAAUAGUCGAAAUAAGCCAUCGGAAUUGUCACUUUUAUAUACUUUUGCUAUGAAAUUAUUUUUUGAUUUUCUAAUUAAUUAUUUACCACGAUGAUGAUACAAGUACAGCUCUCAAAGUUUGGCGAUAGCCAUAUUUUGAAAUCUCUUUUCAAAACUCACCCUUAGCACUUCUCCAUUCCAUGACCCAACGAGAUUUGUACAUGUAGUGCAAACAUUUGAUCAAGUCUAACUAAAUCCGUAUCAGAAUAACAUGCGGCUUAGAAGAUAUAAUUAUAAACUAAGACUUAUCCGAUGGUUACAAAUAAGAAAUACACACUGCCUCGUUUAUAAGUUAAGUGCCAAAUUGAAACAUAAAAUGCCAACCAAAAACGACGUCAUGAACAUCCUAUUUUUCAUUCUGUUUUUAUGCUCGCUACACGAUCGAAAUAAACUGAACGCGGCAUUAAAAUUGUAUGAACGCUUGUGACGACGAACUUUUGCUCUCUCCGAAAAUCUUAUAAUUAUACGUAAGCAUGUUCACGGCUCACGGAGCCUCAUUUUCAAAUCUGUCAAGUAUGGCAGAACAAAUCAAGAUGUUAUCAAAAUAAAUAAUUCUUUCUUUUUCUCCAGUAGAAGUCAUAAAAUAAGAUUUUGCAUUAAAUAGAAAUAUAUUUGAAUAUAAAACCAUUGUUUUAACUUUUUUGCAAAGAAAUAGAUUAUCCAUUUGGUGAGAUUCCAAAUUGUAUUGAUAGAUAGAAUAGAUAUUGAUUUUAUUGUCGUUCAUUUCUAGUAAAAAAUUCAAAAAAAUAGACCAACGCAUGAUUUAAGUAUUGUUUAAUGUAUAAUAUUCUUGCAUCAUUAACAGAUACAUGUAUUUUAAAAAAUGAUACCUAUUUCUCUGUCAUCAAAAUUGGAAAGAAAGUUUUUUUUUUCUAUUUUCUAUCGUUCUCUGAUAUCAGAAAAAAUGAAGAGUAAACAUCAAUAUUGUCCAUACUUAUUAUUGGCCAUCAUAAUUAUAUGAAUAUAAUAUCGGUCAGAUGUACAUGGUCUUCGUGUAUCAUGUUAUCGGAUAUCAAUAAUAUGAGAUUAUUUUGACCUUAAUUAAUAGAUUAAUUAUUUUUCAUGUGCUUUAUUGUGGAUAACGUUAAUGUGUAACACGUAUGUAAAAGAGUAGUACAACAAUUUGUUGUUCUAUGACUGCUGUAAUAUAUAUGUAUAUAGCUAUAUACGUGUGUGUGCGUGUUCGCAUGGGUUUACUUCUCAGGCAUUGUUGAACAGUGCCUGAAUAAUGUCAACAAUAAAUAAAA